AUGCACGUAACCUUGUCAGAACCACCGCAAAAUGGCUCAGAUGCAGAAAUCCGAAAUGAGUUUUUCGAGGUGGGCCAUGAUGUGGAAUUGACCUGCAACAAUGUGACACGGACUAAUGCGCUCUACUACAUCUGGAAUAUAAACACCACUGGUGGAGUCCAAUGCUUUAUAAGUGAAGGAGCCAAUAAGCUGGGGUACAACAACUGCUCAGAAAGUAAAACUACUGCACCGGGGAAGAUGCUCCACAACGCUACAGGAGGAGAGACCUACCUGUACAUACCUAGCUUCACAGUCAAAGAUGAGGGCAUGUACACCUGUGAAACAGCAUACAUAGGGGGAGCCUACAAAGCCAACAUCACCGUGACUACUGGAGUGGCUCCUGCCCUCUCCACUAGACGUGAGUAUGACAGUGGCCAGUGGUUUGCGGUCUGCUCUGCUGCCAGGGGUAAACCAAAGGCCACAGUGUCCUGGGAGAAGAUCUGGGACUCUCCUGAGGUUGAGGAGAGGUUAACCCCAAGUCCAGAGGGGACCGUCACGGUAGAGAGCUGGCUACAUUUGCCAGACAAUGACACCAGUGGAUCUUUGACCUGUGUGGCCCGACACCCUGUCUGGAAACAUAAAAGAAAUACUACACUUGAGCUCACCAACAGCUCCAGACGGGAGAAACAUAAUGGCCUUGGAAAUUCCGGUGUCGUCAUGGUAGCUUCCACUGCCGUGCUCCUCAUCGUGGUGUUAGUGAUGCUUCUCUCCUAUGCGGUUCACAAGCACCGAGGCAAACUUGGGAUGAUUGUUGGCCAUUGUUGUCAGCCUGAUGUCCCCUCUACCACCGACAUCAAAGAGAAUGAGGAAGUGGAGGAGGUGGAGCCUUAUGAGAGUUAUGUGCAGCGAGUCAACUCCAUAUACAACUCCUCCGCUGACCUCUUUGGCGUCUGAUGUGGA